CGACCAAUCCUUCUUUAGUUUGCCACGAAUCCAAACCCCAUUUUCUCUCUCUUGUCAACUCUAUCUAUUCUCUUUCUUUCGCCAUUUUUAGAUAAACGGCUAAGAUCAUUUCAUCCGUCAAUAAAUACUCUCCUUCCCCCUCCCAUUUCCUCUUCUACAGCGAGUUCACCACAGUCUACAAUUCCAGUCUACUAAGCACAAUCGUCGCCUUCAAAAUCUAACGCUUUCUUUGCUUUUUCCGACGGAAAAAAGCGCCGGUUUAACAUGAGCCUUUUGGAGAAACUCUGGGAUGAUACUAUCGCCGGACCUCAUCCAGAUUCCGGCCUUGGACGGCUCCGUAAAUUCAACACUUUCAAUAAUCGUACUACCUCUUCCAAGGAGAUGGAAGGAGGGAAUAUAGGAAGAUCAUCAUACGGUGGUGAUGGAACAAUAUCAGGGGUUGAUAAUCAGGAGGAGGCCAUGAAAGUUACGAGGAAAAUAAUGAUAGUGAAACCACCGGGUUAUAAUCAGGGUGCCGGUUCUGCUCCGACGUCACCUGCCGGAUCUACGCCGCCACAGUCCCCUUUUUCCGGAAGCAGAUCAGGAGCGUUCAGGUUUCGGAGGAGAUCAACGUCAGACGCGAAUGAGAAGACAACGAACCAAGACAGACUCGGAGACUCUCCUCCUACUUAAGAUGUCUGAUAUAUAAUUAUAAUCACACAAAGUCUAUCUCGUCCUUUUGGCGGCUCUACGCUUCUCCAAUGUAUUAUAUGCCUCACUUGUAAGUUGCGACUAAAUAGUUAGUGGAGUUGAGUAUGUAUGUACAUAAUUGGUACGUCUCGGUUUUGCUUUCGAGCAUCCAUGUACGAUAGGGCUUUCUAGUUCCUACCUUGUAAAAUAGGUCAUCUCAUUUUGGUAGCUUGUAAUAUGAGUUGUGAUCAUAAUGUUGAUGUAACCUCUUCAUGUUGUAUGAUUAUUUAGUGAGUUUUCAACUAUUUUCUUAGAAAGUUUUAUUCUCAUGAAUGAAUAGUGUUCUGCAGAGUUCGUCCUUGUA